AUGUUAUUUUGGUUUCAAAUAGUUUUUUGUUCAACACAAAUAUUUGAUUUUAAUUGUUUGGUAGAUCUAGAGAAUUCAUCAAACUACUUAAAAACAUUUAAAAAUAAAGGAUUAUGUGAAAAUGAAGAGAUACAACAAAAAACUCAAGAAAUGACUAAAACAGUAAAUAAAUAUUUAGAUGAAAAUCCAUUUGAUUCUAAUUUUCUAAAUGAUUUGGCAGAUUUUAUAGAAGAAAGUUUAAAUAGUGGGUAUAAAAAUGUUGAUUAUGAUUUAUGUGAUUUUUUGUCAUCAAUCAAUGCAGAGAACAAUUUGGUGCCACCCAGUUGCACAAAAAGUACACUUAUUACUAAUGUAUGUAAAAACCAAUGUUGUACAUUAGAACAAUCGAUAAAUGACACAAAACGUCUCAAAACUUCAUUUAGUAGUAGAACUGAUACAUCAGAAUAUUCUUACUUACAUAGAUUUUGGAAUAAUGAUACUAAUUUAUUAUCACAAAAAAAUCAAAAUGAUUUAAUACAAGAGCAAUAUAUUUAUCCAGAAAACAAAACUUUUUUACAAAAAAAUUAUAAUGAUUUGGUUUUAUUAGACCAUCAAACUAAUCAAAAACUGAUCAAUAAUGAUAUAAAUGAACCAAAUGCUGUUCAAACAGAUGCUUAA